AUGUCGAAAUGCGCCCAUCUGGACCAGAUGCGUCAGGGGUCCAACCGUGUCGUGGACCUGAUCCAGUGCAGGAGCUGCGGGGAGAUCCUGUUCAAGCACCACUUCGCGAAGACGAGCGACCAGUUGCUACUCCAGUGUGUUCGCUCCCGGCAGUAUAUCCACCGCCUGGAGACCACGGGUACGGCCCAGCCCGUGGCGCCCAGGUUGAACCAGUCGAGCUCCUCGGACAGCGAGGCCACGGCGACGACAACGGCGCCAACGUCAAUGCCUCCACCGAGCCCUCCAGGGGCCACCAAGAAGUUGCCCGAGCACCUGUCGGCCGAGGUCAUUCGGAAGCUCACGGACACGGAGGUGCAGCAUAUCAUCGAGAGCGAGAGGAUCAAGAUCCGCCAGGAGGAGCAGCAGCGCCUCGCGAAGGAGAUCCUCCAGAAGGGCCUCAUCGACACGCCGACGGACCCGACGGAGGUGGACGACAGGGCCAGGCCGAGCAAGAGGCUGGGCGUCAGCCAGAUGCCCAAGGCCGAGUCGAUUCCCGUGCCAGAGGCAGCCGAGACCUAUGGCAGGCUGGACCUCGCAGAAGUGGCCUGUGUGUCCGACUCCAGGCUCACGCACGCGAUGAUCGAGCAAGGAGGCAAGGCCGAGAGAUUCAGCAACUGGAACGGGUAUGACUUCUCCACCAGGUCGGGCGCAGAGAAGCUCGUGAAGGCUUUGCGGGUCAAGAGGCCUCGAAGAGUUUGGUUUUCCCCACCGUGCGGAGCAGAGUGCCCAUGGCAGAAUCUGAACCCCGUAACGGCGGAGUCGGAGAAGAAGCUGAUCAAGACCAGACGUAUCCAGCGGAACGUCAAAUGGGCUAUCGGUCAGCUGCUGAACGAGGGCUUCUGCGACAUAUACCUCGAGCAGUCGGGACGCUGCAGGUCGUGGACAGGCAACUUCAAGGAGCUCAAGGACUGGCACAUCGCGACCACUGACCCGCAGUUUGAGAAGAAGGUUGGGAGGACCUGCCUUGACUUGCAUCUGCAUAUGCCGCUGGAAGGCGGCACGAGGGUGGCACUGUCAGCGAAUUAUCCCGUGAACUUGUGCCGGAGGAUCGCCCAGCACUUCAUGACCAGGGCCACCUCGGACGAGGCCCUCGCCUAUCUGGUGCAGGCCCACAACGAGUUGGACGACGAGCUGUGUGCAGCGGGCUACAGGGUCAAGGAGAAAGCGCAGGCGGUCAAGUACCAGCUCCUGAUCCUGACGAAGCUGGAGAUGCUCAAGUCCCUCCAGGAGGCGAGGAGUGUCCAGAACUGUACCAAGGCAGAGUUGCGCGAGCUGGAGGCCAUCAUCGCACACAUCCAUCGGAAUUUCGGACACUGCAGUAUGAGCACGGUCAGCGCCGCCCUCAAGUCUCGCAAGGCGGACCAGAAGCUCAUCGACCUUUGCAGCCACUACGAGUGUCCGGCCUGUAAGGCAGCUCAAAGGUUUCAGAUGCGACCUAUUGCCAGCUCAGAACCAACGUUACCCGCUCCUGGUACCGAGAUGGGUUGCGACAAUUUCUAUUGGACACAUCCUCGACGAGCCUACCAAAUUCGUGGGACCCUCUGUGCAGACUAUGGCAGCCGCUUUACCCAGACGUCGAUUCACUGUCAGAAGGGGGUCGAGGAGCAUUGCGGCAACACCACCGCGAAGGAGAUGAAGGAGGUAGUGCUGAAGGACUGGAUCCACCACUACGGCAAGCCAGAGGUUUUCAGGACAGAUCCCGAGGGUUGCUUCAAGCAGGUCGAGCAGCGCGCCUGGGUCUCGGGUAACGGCAUGGAGCGGAGACCGGAACCCGGAGAAGCUCACUGGCGAAUGGGAGUGAUCGAAAGGUGCAUCGAGACCGUCAAGGAAAUCGCCACUCGCCUCGCCUGGGAGCUACCAGACGACACAGAUCCCGCGGACAUCUUUCGCUGGGCUUGCGUGGCCAACAACGACCUGAUGCGACACCAAGGCUACAGCCCGAUGAUGCUCAUGAUGGGUCGCACCCCGUCGGGGCAAGGCCUGGAGCAAGUGGAGAAUCCUUCGGUCCUGAGCGCAAAUGUGGUGGGCAAACACUUCCAGGAGGUCACGCGCAUCAAGGCGGCUGCCUACAAGGCGCGCGUGGACCACUACCUGUCGGAGAAGACGAAGCGUGCCCUGCUGGCCAAGGCGAGGCCGUUCAAGACAUGGGAGCCUGGUGAGAAGGCACACUACUGGCGAGGUGCGAAGGGUAACAGUCACAAGACUCGACCAGGUAUCGCUGGUCGAUUUCACGGUCCCGCCACUGUCUUGAUGCAGGAGCGCGAGAUGAAGAACGGAGUUGCGGUGCGUCGAGGAGUUGUCUGGCUUGUUGACGGUGACCGUCUCGUACGAGCAGCUGCCGCUCACCUCCGCACGACUACGAAAGCGGAGCGGACCCUGGAGAGCAUCUCCGCAGGGAGCUCCGACCACUUCAAGAAGAUUCUUCAGGAGUUGACGAAGGGUGCGUACGACGAUGUGGUGGAUCAGCCUGGUCCGGGAGAAUGGGUCUCACCGCCUCCAAUGCCCGCGCAGAAUCCAGCUGAACCAGCACCGACGCCGACCAGAGACCAGAUCGACGAGAGCGAGCCACCACCAGAAGGUUACAACAAGCGGGAAGCCAGUAAGGAACCUUCUGAAGAUCCAGAUCCCAAGAGACAUCGCGCCGACUUUGCUGGGUACGUGGGCCAUCUGCGCCAGAAGGCGCCGACGCUUGUCAUGCCCGAGCUCGGUCGUGCCGAGCCCGAAUCUGAGGGCAGUGCGAAUUGGGUCUCACCCUGGGAGCAUGAUCAGAAGACGAAGGCUUCCGACCUGGUGGGCUUCGCGGGCGAGGACGAGCCGAACCUCGCGAUCAUGAUCGGCUUCGCGCUGGAGGAGUCAGAUAUGGAUCAACUCAGCCGGAGGCCUGACAAGGCCCUCGCCGCGAUGGUCAAGCAGAACAAGGUCGAGGUGAAGCUCAAGAACCUUACGGCAGAGGACCGUGAGAAGCUCCCGAUCGCGAAGGGUAACGAGAUCAAGUCUUUCCUCAAGUAUCGAGUCUGCGAGGCAGCCAGUCGUGCAGGAGUACACCCUGGAGCCCUGAUGAAGAUGAGAUGGGUCAUUACAAGGAAAGAGACGGGCGACCUUAAGGAGCUCGUGGAGAUAGAUAUUCCCGCACAUCGACGUCGUGAUCCUGAGCAGCCGGUGACAUCGUCAGAAGCUACCCGUCUACGAGCCGCCUUCGGUCAGCUCAUGUGGUUAGCUACGCAGGGCGUGCCCCUCAUCGGGGCAGAGCUGUCACUGCUGCUGGCUUACAGUAAUUCCGCCACGGUGAAUACUCUCCUGCAGGCCAACAAGCUCAUCAGGCGCACCAAGUUCGAGGCGACCAAAGAACUCAUCAUGGAAAAGCACGCGAAUCCGUGUGUGGUCGGCUAUUCGGACGCAGCCUGGAAUGUUCGACGCGAUGGUUCUUCACAGGGUGGUUUCUUGAUCUUUCUGACCGACUAUACCUUGAUGCAGAACCGAGAGGCGCCGAUCUCUUUGCUGGCUUGGGCAUCGGCGAAGUUGCCGAGAGUGUGUCGGAGCUCGAGCGCGGCCGAGGUACAAGCCGCCAGUGAAGCUCAAGAGGAGCUAGAGUUUUGUAGGCUGCUGCUGAGCGAGAUCCUGCUGGGACCCGCGCCUCUCAAGCAGUGGACUUCAAGCUGUGCGAAGAUUCCUGGCGCUCUGGUCCUGGACUGCCGCGGCGUGUUCGAUGCUCUGGAUCGGUCCGAGAGCAGCGCCCUCGGCAUGAAAGACAAGAGGAGCGCGCUGGAGGCCCUAGCCCUCAAGCGCGGCAUGGCCGCCACAUCCACAUCCCUGAGGUGGUGUCACAGCGGUGCGCAGCUGAGCGAUUGUAUGACCAAGAACUCGGAGAAGGCUCGCGCCAGCUACAACCUUUGGCAGCAGCGAGGCACCUGGAAGUUGAUAUACGACGCUAAGUUUAUUUCCGAGAAGCAGAGAAGACAGCGAGGACUGCAGACACUAGACCAGGCCACAUAUUUCGCAGUUGAUGACGACGAUGCCUGGCAGUUGUACCCGGAGGAUUUGGAGAUCGAGGAGGAGGCAGAUAUUCCCCAAGACUUUCGUCUUCCGGAAGCGGUGAGCGUGAUGAGACAUGAUGCUACCUCCGUGCAGUAG